AUGUCGGAGAUGGUAGAGAAUGGCGCUGCAGCUCCGCCCUUAGAAGGCAGCGAGAUAUCACCGGCCGCGGCAGCUCCAAACCCCAUGCAGAGUCAGUAUAACUCGCCCUCUCUCUCGAUGAAGCCGCUGCUGAUGCUCGAGCACCCGAAGGCGAAAACGCCUUCCCGCACGCCUAAUUUCAUAACCCCGUUGGGCAGUCCGAUCCGAAGGGCGAUGAAGACGACGAGGCUUGACCCUCAAGACGCUUGGCUUCCCAUCACGGAAUCGAGGAAAGGGAACGCCUUUUAUGCCGCAUUUCACACGCUCUUCGCCGGCAUCAGAAUCCAGGCGCUCGUCAUCCCCGUUGCCUUCACCAUUCUUGGAUGGAGUUGGGGAAUCAUAAGUUUGACAGUGGCAUUUGUAUGGCAACUAUACACUUUCUGGCUUUUGACCAAUCUCCAUGAAUCCACGGAAACCGGAAUGCGCUACAGCCGAUAUCUCCAACUCUUCGAUGCUAUCUUUGGAGAGAAGACGGGGAAGAUAUUUGCGGUGUUUCCGAUCUUGUACUUAUCCGACGGCACAUGCGUAGCCUUGAUUGUUGUGGGCGGGUCCGCCAUCAAGCUCUUCUACCAGAUAGUUUACGGCGGCAGCGGCUGCCCUAAAGAUCCUUUGACGAUGGUGGAGUGGUACCUUGUGUUCACUUCGGCGACGGUGCUUGUGUCGCAGCUUCCCAAUCUGAACUCGAUCGCGGGGGUGUCGCUGAUCGGGUCGCUGACGGCAGUGGGGUAUUGCACGAUGAUGUGGUGCGUGUCGGUGACAGAGGGGCGGCUCCCCAGCGUGUCGUACGACCAUGUCAAGCCGAAUACUAACACGGAGUGGUUCUUUGGGGUUCUCAAUGCCUUUGGUAUCAUAGCUUUUGCCUUUAGAGGCCAUAGCGUUACUCUUGAAUCCAUGUAUAUAGGAACCAUGCCAUCAAGUGAGAAGAAGCCAUCUAGUGUGCCGAUGUGGAGAGGGAUCCAAGGAGCAUAUAUCGUGAUCGCAUUGUGCCUAUUUCCUAUUGCAAUCGGCAGGUAUUGGGCGUAUGGCAAUAAGGUACUUGAAGCGGGCCCUAGGUCAGCCAUUUUGGCGGCAAUAUACGCUUUCCACGGCCGCGACACAUCUCAGUCGGUCCUAGGGCUAAUAAGCCUAUUUGUGAUCAUCAAUGCGGUGAGCUCAUUCCAGAUAUACGGAAUGCCAAUGUUCGAUGAUGUGGAGUCGAAGAUCACCAAGAGGCUGAAGAGGCCGUUGCCGUGGUGGCUAAGGGUGAUCUCAAGGUUCAUGUUCGGGUACGGGUGCUUCUUCGUGGCAGUGGCCAUCCCCUUUCUAGGGAGCCUAGCAGGGUUGAUUGGCGGGAUUGCAGUUCCGGUGAUGUUCGUAUAUCCUAGCUUGAUGUGGAUUAAGGUGAAGAAGCCGCAGAGACAUGGCUUCAUGUGGUGCCUCAAUUGGGGGUUAGCCAUUGCUGGGAUUUUGCUCACUAUGUUGCUUGUUGCUGCUGGUAUACAUGUUAUUAUUGACACUGGGGUUGAAGUUAGCUUCUUCAAGCCUCACUAA